ACUCUCUCUCUCUCUCUCUCUCUCUCUCUCUCUCUCUCAUUCUCAAAACCCUCAACCCGUUUCUAGUGAGAGAAACAAACAGAGAUCAAACACUGGGGGGGAAAAUCAAUGGCAAAGGUGGAUGAUUUUGCCCCUCAUCCCAUCAAAGAGCAGCUCCCUGGCAUCGAUUACUGCCUCACUAGCCCACCUCCUUGGUCUGCGGCCUUGUUUCUUGGUUUUCAACACUAUCUCGUGAUGCUGGGAAUGGUGGUUAUAGUCCCACUUCUCCUCGUUCCUCAAAUGGGCGGUGGCCUUGAAGAGAAGGCGAGAGUUAUACAAACUAUGUUAUUUGUGGCCGGAAUCAAUACGUUUUUACAGUCUUAUUUUGGGUCUCGGCUUCCUGUUGUGAUCGGAGGAUCAUUUACAUAUAUACUUCCCACUGUUUCGAUUAUUCUCAGCCAAAGAUAUGCCUACAUUAUAGACCCCUAUGAGAGAUUUGAGUAUACUAUGAGGGCGAUACAAGGAGCUCUAAUUGCUGGAUCGAGCUUGCAGAUUUUGGUGGGAUUUCUGGGUAUAUGGAGAAUUGUUAUAAGAUAUCUCAGCCCUCUUGCUGCUAUGCCUAUCGUAACUCUAGCAGGACUUGGGCUCUUCUAUGUUGGCUUCCCCGGGGUUGCAAGAUGUAUCGAGAUUGGCCUUCCUGCACUUGUUAUCUUUUUAUUCUUCGCUCAGUAUGUAACAUUUCCAAUCAUAAUAAGGAGCGGGAUCUUUAAUCGAUUUGCGGUGUUGAUUACCAUUGUGAUCGUAUGGAUUUAUGCACAUAUUCUCACUGUAGCUGGUGCAUAUAGACAUAGGCCUCCAGAGACUCAAUAUAGUUGUCGUACUGAUCGUGCUGGUCUUAUUUGGAGUUCUCCAUGGUUUAGGAUUCCAUAUCCCUUCCAAUGGGGAAGUCCAAUUUUCUAUGCAGGAGAUGCUUUUGCCAUGAUGGCUGCUUCAUUUGCUGCCCUUAUUGAGUCAACGGGUACUUUUAUCGCUGCAGCAAGGUUUGCAAGUGCGACGCCUUUGCCACCUUCCAUUUUCGGUCGAGGUGUUGGAUGGCAGGGAAUAGGCAUUUUGUUGGAUGGAUUAUUUGGUACUGUAAAUGGAUCUUCGGCAUCAGUUGAAAAUGUUGGUCUAUUGGGAUUGACACGAGUAGGAAGCAGAAGAGUAAUUCAAAUCUCAGCUGGUUUCAUGAUUUUCUUCUCAGUACUAGGAAAAUUUGGAGCGCUUUUUGCUUCAAUUCCGCUGCCUAUUUUUGCUGCUCUAUACUGUGUUCUUUUUGCUUAUACAGCUUCUGCAGGGCUUGGCUUUCUUCAAUUCUGCAAUCUCAACAGUAUGAGGACAAAAUUUAUUCUAGGAUUUUCCUUGUUCAUGGGCUUAUCAGUUCCCCAAUACUUCAGAGAAUACGAAGUAGUUGCUGGUUAUGGCCCUGUUCACACUCAUGCACAAUCCUUCAAUGAUAUCGUCAAUGUGAUAUUUUCUUCGCCAGCGACUGUGGCAGCUUUUGUUGCUUAUUUCUUAGAUUGCACACUUCUACGAGGUGACAGUGCAGUUAGAAGAGAUAGAGGCUGGCAUUGGUGGGAAAAGUUCAGAUCAUAUAAAACCGAUGCAAGAAGCGAAGAAUUCUAUGCACUCCCUUACAACCUUAACAAGUUUUUCCCUUCGUUCUAGUGUGGCUAUGGGCAUAUUGGCAUUUUCGGUAUUUUUAUUGCCGUUUAUUGUGUUCUUAGACAGUUCAUAUGGUAAGAAGAACAUAGAGAAAAAGAAAGGAUUAUAUGUUAAGUUCCACAUAUAUUUUCCUCCUUGUGGGAUACAGACAUUUAUCAAGGGAUGCAUGUAAUUUAUAAGGUUGUAUGUUCUUUUUGUUCUAUCUGAUGAAUUUGUUAUCUAUAUGAAAAGAUGGUAGUAAAGGACCAAUAGAGGUUAAAUUCUUCCAA